AUGGCUAAGAAUCUACUUUAUCUUUCAAAAGCUUCCCUUCUUCUCUUAAUUCAACUUCUUGCAACUCAAUCUGGUAGUUUUACAAAUGCCAAACGGAUCCCAGAAUUUUCCAAGUCCUUGAAAGAUGUAGUGGAAUCCCAAGAGGGUCAGAGAGUGCAAGGCUUACGUGAAGUCAAGCACUAUCUCAACAAGUACGGAUACUUAAACUACGAAGAUUCAAACAACUUUGAAGAAGAUGAGUUUGAUGAAGCCUUGGAGGUCGCCAUCAAAACAUACCAGACAUUUUUUCAUUUGAAGGUUACAGGAAAGCUUGACACCGAUACCAUCAAAAAGAUGUCAAUGCCGCGUUGUGGAGUUGCUGAUAUUAUCAAUGGAAGUCUAAUUCAUCCACAAUUUUCAUUUUUUCGUGGUGAACCAAAAUGGCCAUAUUACAAGCGUCACCUCCAAUACGCGAUUGUAUCCAGUGCUAUACCUAAUGUGAAUUUGACCGAAGUAAAAAAAGCUUGCUCACUUGCUUUCGGAGAGUGGGCGAGAUUCUCUGAUUUCCGUUUUGAAUUCACAGAUUAUGUUGGACAUGCUGACCUUAUUUUAGGAUUCCACAGAGGUGAACAUGGUGACGGUAAUGCUUUCGAUGGGCCUGGUGGCACUUUAGCUCAUGCGUUUCCUCCAACAAAUGGCAGGUUGCAUUUUGAUGCAGAUGAGAUUUGGUCCGACAGUUCUUAUCGCGUUCGUUCAAAUCAAGUUGACCUGGUGGGCAUUGCAAUGCAUGAGAUAGGGCACCUUCUUGGACUCGGUCAUAGUCGUGAUGAGCUAGCCAUUAUGUUUCCCAGUAUUGCUGAAGGACAAUUUAAGAGGAGUUUGAGCUUUGAUGAUAGGGACGGUUUACUUACUUUAUAUUCUAGCUGA